GCUUCCUCUUCUCUGGUUUUGGGCAAUGUUCAGCGCUAGUUUUGCGCUUUUAUGUUUUGAGAAACCAAAGCCAGUUUCAUUCGGGACGAGCGUACGUGCAGUUUUGCCAAAUAUUCUGAGCGGGCUAACAACUAACAGCCAAUAGCUAACAGCUAACACCGAACGGGUAACAGCAACAACAGAACAAUUCAAGCGAAAAAUCGUAGCAUAAUUUCAGGCGCCUCAUGAGUCGCAUGCAAGCCAUCACUGCGUCUGUACGCACCACCAAUCGGAUGAAUGCCUUGCUCUCGGAGUCCAUGUUAAGUCGCCGCCGUGCGCUGCAGAACGGCGGAGAGGGCGAGGGUCCCGUGGGCGAGGGAGGCGAACGGAAGGAGAAGCCGAAAAAUGAUUGGAAAUUCUUUCACACCAAUUUCAAUAUGGAACGUGCGCACAAAAUCAUCGAAGAUUGCAUUGAGGAGCGUCUGCUGUGGGAUCGCUUUAGCCGCAGCUACGACUCGUGGCGCGCUGUUCAACUGGUCGAGGGUCUGUCGGCGGAGAUACGGGAUCGGGUCAAGAAGCUAAACCACAGACGCCAUCGCAUUGUGUGCCUCUUGUCGCUGGUGGAGAAGCAGAACCAGGGCAUCUAUCAGAGAAUGUGCCAUCUGAUGGACGAGAAGCGUGAUAAUUUCACUCAGCUUGUUUUCGAACGACCCACGUACUUUAUGAUUGUCGUCUUGUAUCUGGUCUACAAGGAUUAACCGAAAGUGAAAGUUGUGAAAGCUUGCAAGCUUAUAAAGCUUCGCAUGUAAAGCUUUGUCCAGCCUUUGCACGAACCAGUUGCAAUUGUUUGUUUUUUAUUUUAUUGUUACUUACCCGUAGUUAAGACAU